AUGAAUGCGCAACGGUUCGCCAUAGUAGCCUUCGUUCAUCUGUUCAUCAACUUGGUCCGAGGAGUCGAGCAAAUCAACCGAUUCGGGACGGUGUUUGUCGACUACCAGCCUUUUGAAAUAAUAUGUUCCGGCACGACAUUGCAGAGUCAGCAUGCUCGAACGUACACGACAUACGCGGAUGCGACGACGGCAUUCUUCACGACCGUCACCGGCAUCGGCACGGGCAGCACGCCGUCGACCAUAACGAUACUUACUACGGGUGAUGGAGCCACCGGCACCGUCAUCGUCCUUCGGCCGAGAAGAACCGGCGAGUUCACCGGUCCGUACACGACCGUCACCGCCGCUGCGACCAACAGCCGUACAGUUACGGUAUCGUUGCCGCCGUCUGGCACGGACAAAACCGGAACCGUGCUGGUUCUCACGCCGGAAUCGACCUUGACCGUCACACGCACGACGACACUGAUCAGUUCGGGACCGGUACCGGGUACGAGUACGGUGUCGCCGCCGCCAGGAUGCACGACCGGUUGUACCGUCAGCAUCAUCAUCACCAUCACUGGUGCCCACCUGACGGAGACGGUGUACGGACCGACGCCCGGCACGAGCUCGAUACGACCACCUCCUGGAUGCGUGGGAUUCUGCCCUACCAAGGUGGUCGUGACGCAAACCGGGGGGUACGUGACGGAGUCCAUCUUCGGGCCUACGCCCACAACCAUGACCGUCCUGCCAUCGCCUGGAUGCACGGGGCAUUGCCCUACGAGGAUCAUCGUCGUUCAGACCGGCGGCUUCGUGACGGAAUCGACCUGGGGGCCAGUUGCCGGCACGAGCACGCAACCGCCGCCGCCCGGGUGCAGAGGGUAUUGUCCCACCAAGAUCAUCGUCACUCGAACCGGGGGCCUCGUGACGGAGUCGACGUUUGGACCUGUGCCGGGCACGAGCACCAUCUUUCCCGAGCCUGGCUGCACCGGAUACUGCCCUACGAGGGUCAUCGUGACGCAAACCGCCGGCCUCGUGACCGAGUCGGUAUUCGGACCUGUCCCGGGCACGAGCACCGUGCUGCCUUCGGCUGGUUGUACCGGUUACUGUCCCACCAAAGUCAUCGUCACCCGGACGGCCGGCUACAGGACGGCGACGGUGUUUGGGCCUACCCCUGGCACGAGCACCAUACCUCCCUCGGCUGGUUGUGUCGGUGACUGUCCUACGCAAAUCAUCGUGACCCGAACAGCCGGUUACAGGACGGAGACGGUAUUUGGACCUACCCCGGGCACGAGCAUCAUACCCCCUUCGGCCGGUUGCACUGGAGACUGUCCUACCAAGGUCAUCGUCACCCGAACGGCCGGUUACACGACGCAGUUCACCUUUGGACCGACGCCAGGCACCAGCACCAUCCCGCCAUCUCCCGGAUGCGUUGGGAAUUGUCCCACUAGAAUCAUCGUCACUCAAACUGGCGGCAUCCAAACCGAAACAACCUUUGGAUCGGUACCGGGUACGAGCACAAUCUUUCCCUCGUCCGGGUGCACGGGUUACUGUCCUACUAGAGUCAUCGUGACUCAACACGUCGGCAUCAGCACCGAGACCACAUUUGGACCAUUGGCCGGAACCAGUACCAUACCACCUUCCGCGGGAUGCGUUGGUUACUGUCCGACGAGAGUUGUCGUCACGCUGAACGAGGGGCUUCUCACGGAAACAGUAUUUGGACCUGUGCUUGGAACGAGUACCGUGAUGCCCUCCCCGGGAUGCACCGGAUAUUGCCCGACUAGAAUCAUCGUGACGCAGAAUAGUGGCUUGAACACGGAGAGGAUUUAUGGAGAUGUGCCGGGAACGAGUACCAUCUACCCUCCGCCUGAUUGCACCGGUCUACGUUACCGAGUCCACCUUUGGACCAACACCAGGAACGAGCACGAUUUCACCCUCGUCUGGAUGCGAUGGAAAUUGUCCGUUUUCCGUCAUCGUUACCUUGACGGGUGGCUACACGACGGAAACAACCUUUGGGCCCGUUGCUGGUACGGCUACGAUACUGCCACCUGCUGA